GUCUUUCUCGUAGCAGCCUCUGCAGGUGAAGAAUCUCCCUCUGGUAAGAAGCUGUCCUCCCCUCCGCUGCCUCCUCCAACACUGCCAGUCUGGUUGACGCCUGCUUUCGGUACACCUGCACAGACAAAUACACACGGAGGAAUGACAUGUGGAGUGUUGCUAUGAAGGAGGCAGAUUUACAUGAAGGACAGCGCAGCAGAGACAACUGGAAUGGAGGAGGGGGAGUCACACACAUUGGGACAAGACCAUGACUUGAAGAUGAGUGGUUCUCUGGCUGAGUUACAGGAGAAGGACUAUCCUCCACCAGAGGAAUUAGAGUGUAAAAUCUGUUACCAACGCUACAAUGCCCAAAACCGCAAGCCUAAGAUCCUGGACUGCCUGCACCGGGUCUGUGCCCGCUGCCUCAUUAAGAUCCUGGACAUUGCUGACGGGGCAGGCUUCAUCUCCUGCCCCUUUUGCCGACACCAAACUGAGAUCACAGAGUACGAGGUGUCAGCCCUUCCUGAUGAUGCUAUCAUCAUGUCCCACUUGGCAAUGCGGGACAAAUCCUGGAGCUCAGACCACAACAGGGAGGUGGUUUUGACUCCAACUGGUUUCUGUUCCUCCAGCCCAUCUCACAAUUCCUCGAACUGCCUGGUCAUCACUAUAAUGGAAGUGCAGAGGGACUCACAGCACUCCCCAAGCCGAAACGGCAGCUCUGACAUCUAUGCUGAGCAGAGCCUGGACUCAGUAUCGAUGGACUCCAAUGGACAAGCUGAUCAGGACGCUCUGUCCAAGUUCUGUAAUCAUGUCCCACGCAUCCUGGUCUGGUUGCUGGGAUUCUUGUACUUUGGCUCACUUCCUCUAGGAAUCUACUUGUUGGUGAUCCAGAGAGUGACACUGGGUAUUGUAUGUGUUAGCUUGGUGCCAUCAAGCCUGACAGUUUGCCUGGUCUAUGGGUUCUGCCAGUGUCUGUGCCAGGGCAUGUGUGACUGCUACUCCAGGGGCUGAUAGGAGGCUACGUCAAAACUGAUCGUCCUAGGAUGGGAUAAAGUCAGCUGCAGUAAACAGGUAUUUGAUGUGUUUUGUGAAUAGAUAGGGGGCCCAAAGGUAAAGAUGAUGCCGGCUCCUUAACAGUCUUUAAAAGCCUACCAAUCAAUUAUCUUCAUGCAAAUAAUAGGCCAAUACAGAGACCUAAGACUGCCUUUAGCAUUUGUCCGUGCUUUUGUUAGGCUGAACGCUGCAACUCAGAACAAGUUUGGCCAACAUAGCCCCUGACAAGAUGUGUUCGUUGGAGCAACGCUUAUACAUUUCUAUAAUGUAUGUAUGUAACCUCUCUUUGUUCUGUGCUGUGUGUGUGACCUGGUCUAACAUAACAUUUGAAAGCAGACCUUUAACGUUUGACUUAAAGAAUGACAGCAGUGAUGUCACUGCAGCAGCGUCCUGGACCUUCUUUUAUCAAAACUGUGUACACACAUUCAAUCUUUUUAAAGUGAAAUGUGGAAUUUACAUUAACAGUCGGAGUACUUACUUUGGUUUUCUUAGGCUGUGCUUAAGUUAGUUAACAAUUACAUAUAAGCAUGACUGAAUAAUUGUGAGUUCCCAGAAAAAGAAAGGGGGGGAAAUCAAUGUUAUGAGCGAUUUUGGUCACUUCUUAAUUUAUUAAGAGUACAAAUACUGUAAAUGUUUAUUUUUUGUUUACUCUUAUUUUAGUAAGUGUUCUUCACAUGUAUAAGCCAGCAUUUAUGGUAGAACUACAUGUUGGCGAACGUUUCCUCCCUCUGUUAAAGCUACAGGUAAAUCAAAAUGUAUUAUAUGUUAAUUGAUCGUUUAUUUUUUUAUUAAGUCUUUUACAUUGCUGAAAUCAGUUGGAAGUUGUUGGAAGGUAGUGGUGGGGACGUUGUCUUGGAACCAUGGUGGAGUUUGCUUUAUAGCCUAAUGUUAGCUUUACACUUCUGGAUUGCAUUUACGUCUCUAAAAUCAUGAAAGUAGUGUCCAUUUGUGAAGAUUAUCUUGCUGAACAAAACGUGUUAGCAUCAUAAACCUUUGUUUGCCAUAGCGCUUAUUUUCUGCAAUAACCCAAAAUC